AUGGUUUUGAACACCCUAAAGUUCGACUCUGUUUUCAUCAGGCCAAAGUGGAAGCUGAAGAACUUUGGAUUGCACUCAUCGCCGGGGAUUUUGUACAACCAGCCCAGUGUACUGGUAGGUCGGACAGGUGUUGCUUCUGUAACAUCAUGGUUAGCCCCAAUCAUUUGGGAAGGAACCUUUGACGCCACACUGAUCGACUUUAUCUACAAACAACAGAAUCUCACCAUUGCGACCACUGUUUUCGCUUUAGGAAAAUAUACACGUUUUCUCAAAGAUUUUCUGGAGUCAGCAGAGCAACAUUACUUUGUUGGAUUUCGAGUGCAUUACUACUUGUUUACGGAUCUACCAGAAGAAGUUCCUGAAGUUAAGAUGGGUGAAAACCAUAGCUUGACAGUUCGAAAGGUUCCAAGUUUGAACAGAUGGCAGGACAUUAGUAUGGGCAGGAUGGAAAUACUGGAAAAACUAAUAGGGAAUGAACUGGCCAAUGAGGCAGACUAUAUUUUCUGCCUUGAUGUAGAUACAAAGUUCUAUGGCCGUUGGGGUGUGGAGACUUUGGGUCGUCUGGUGGGUGUGAUACAUCCUUGGUUCUUUGAUGCUCUGAGGAAUCAAUUCACAUAUGAGCGUAGACCAGAAUCUCAAGCAUACAUUCCAGCUGGGGAAGGUGAUUAUUAUUUUACUGGAGCUGCAUUUGGUGGCUCAUUGGAAGAUGUACAUCAUCUCACCAAAACCUGCCGGGAGCAGAUGAACAUUGAUGCUGCAAACUCCAUUGAGGCUAUAUGGCACGAGGAAUCUCACUUAAACAAGUAUUUCCUUUAUAACAAACCUAGCAAAGUGCUUUCACCUGAAUAUCUGUGGCGGGACAUCAAUGCCGGAGCAGCACAAAUAAAAAUAAUUCGCUUCACUCAUGUUUCUAAAAACAAUGCAGAAGUUCGUCCAAACCCAUAGCAACUGUUGCCAAUACUCAGCUACACUGCCAUGGUGUGUUCCACAGGACUCCUAUAAAAUAUUGUCAAUUUGUUAACAAGUUAUACUGAAAAUGAUGAAGUCGACAACUGCCACCUUAAAAUGGUUAAUCACAGACAUGUACAGAUUUUUAUAACCACAAAGUUGCACUUGGAAUUAAAUCUGCCAAAAAAAAGUCUUCUUGAAUAAACAAUCACAAUAUGAACUUGUAAUCUAAUGUUUUGCAACACUCUUAAGUUUAUAAUGCAACCAAAUGGAAUCUGUGUGUAUUUAAAGCAGUGACAUUCUUUUAUUUUACCUCUUUUGAUUUGAUGGAGGAAGUUUUGAGAGAAAGCCAGGUAGAUACAGGGUAUGAAUCUAAAAACAAUGGUAAACUUGAAAUGUUAUUUUCUGUGUACUACUGCAUAAAUAUGAUUUUACUUUACAGCGUGAUCUCAGGUAUUUGUGUGCAAGGUUACCUGCCUUUUUGUAUGUUUGGGUGUACUUGAAACAAUGUGUGAUAGGUGAAAUAUUGACACAAUACAAACCUGUAUGUAUGCACAGCUUUUGAAAAACCAAAAUCUUUAUAAAUAUUUUAUAUAUUUAUGUUAUUUAUAGAAGUAUAUUGUGAAACAUUGAAUUAUGUUUGUUUGCAUUUGUAU